UUGUGUAUGUUCGAAACAUCUGUUUUUUAUGCCAUGCUGUUGUUACUUCCCCUCACUGAAUGAUUUUCUCGGGACAUGCGCACAUCCAGCUGUUCAGUCAUCUCGAGAAAAAAUUAUCGAUUUUUCGAAGAUUUUCAUUUGUCUGACGGAAAAUUAAAGUUCUUUUGGUGAAAAAUGAGGAACUUGAGUGUAAUUUUAGUAUCUUUGGCAGUACAAGUAGCUUAUGGACAUUAUCAGGGUCCGUUCCUGCUGUGGGGUGUCGAGAAUCUCAAUGAAAUGAAGAUUCCAACUUUGCAAGCAAUUGAGGACCAGAACCUCCGCGACAUUUACACAAAGGCCUCAGCAAUCGUGAUUUUCAUCAGAAAUGCAACUACAAAGCUAAGUUAUGAGAACUUCCCAGAACUAUCAGACAUAAUCGGCAAGAAUGAGUGGCUGUACCUUCCACAAGAGCUCUUGUCAUCAGAUCCACUUGAGUACAACGUCAAUGCCGAAGUCUUCACAUUAACUGGACCAGCUGUGAUGCAAGACAAUGAGAUUGCUGCAUUUUAUCGUGACGCACAAAUUAAUUUUGGUAGAAAAAAUAUUUUAGGAAUUUUAGCAGCUCGUUCUGAAAAUCCAGAGCAUUUGAUCUUGAAACGUGAAGUAAGUGAACCCAAAAUGACAUCAACUGAACCAUCGACAACUGAGGCUGCCACAACACCAGCGAAUGAUGAACCUGUUGAGGAUUUAAUUUAUGAGGCUAAGGGUAAAGGUAUCCUAUACACCACAGUGGUUCCUGUUCUUAAAAUCGGCGAAGAGAAGUAUGAAUUGAAGAAACACGCAAUCGCAACUGGUGAUGAACGUGGGGACAUGUUCAGAUUGAGCAUCAAGUUCAUUGUUCCUGAAAAUACGAUCACAAUCCGUUUCAUCUUCGACAUCGUCGGCGGCAACUGGGUUCUAAACCAAGCUGAAUAUGAUGACAUGUCCAUGACACUUGAUAUUGUUGGAAAACCCCCAGCAGCUCCCAUCGGAUUCUCAUUUGUAUGUGGAGAUACUUUUGUGUUCAAGAAGAACAGCACGUCGUUGACUUUGAAGAAUAUUCAGGUUCAACCCCUCCUCGAUGGAGCUGAGAGAUUUGGCAGAGCUUAUGACUGCACAGGUUUUAUGACAGUUCCAAUUUUGUCUGGCAUUUUUGUGACUUCAAUCUUGCUGAUUGCACUGACAAUUGGAAUGACUGCAAUUUUGGACAUUAAGACACCAAAUAGGUUCGAAAAUCGAAAUUCAAAGCCAUUGACAUUCACUGUUCAGGAGUAAGACGGUUCUUUUUGUUAUUUAAAUUGUUCUGCAUAAAUUUUUUUUUGAAUUAUUUUUACAAUUUAUCCUUCGAUUCAGUAUUAAUCGCAGUUCUUUAUUAGCCUACUAAUCAUAUCACAAUAAUAAUCCUUUUCAUGCUAAUGAAUGAAGUUAUGAAAGUAGCUAGAAAUGAUUUUAAUUUGACCUUAUUCCAUCUAGCUAUGGUCCUGCAUAAAACCUUUAAAAUUGACCAUAAAAAUUUAUGAUUUUAAAAUUGAUCUCAUUAGAAAUUUUAAUUAUUUUUAAACAUUAUGAGUUGAAUAACCAUAAAAUGCAGCUUAAGAUAAUAAUUGUACUUACUUUAAGUUACUACUAAUAUCACGUAAAUAUUAUGAAUCAUAGUAAAUAUAUUAUAAUCAAAUGUUGAAUAAUUGAGUUUUGUGAAAUAA